ACGAAACCGCAUCCGAAGCUUCACGCGCCUGACGGCAAGACAGGUGGCGUUUACGAAGAUGCCUCCCAAGGAAGAGAGCCCACCGCCGCUUCCGCCGGUUCCUCCGAAUUCGCCGGUACUGAAGUAGGUCCGAAAUUGGCGAGCUUGAAGUCGAAGCUACGGAACGGUCUAAGGCAGUUCCCCGACUUUCCGUCGCCUGGUAUACUAUUCGAAGACAUCAUGCCAUUGUUUGCUUCUCAUGCGUUGCAUUCGAGCUUGAUAGAAGCGCUGGAACUUCAAAUUGCCCACGCUUUCGGCGCGCAGACUGGAGAGCGCAAUGGUGUCGACGUAAUUGUGGGCCUGGAGAGCAGAGGGUUCCUUUUCGGCCCUACACUGGCCUUGAAGUUAGGAGCUGGAUUUGUGCCGGUGAGGAAACAGGGCAAGCUGCCCGGAGAGUGCGCGACGGCGACCUACAAGAAGGAGUAUGGAGAAGAUGUGUUUCAGAUGCAAAAGGAUGCAAUCAAGCCUGGUGCGAAGGUGGUGAUCGUGGACGACAUCAUCGCAACUGGUGGCAGCGCUGCAGCGGCCGGCUCACUCGUUCACCAACUGGGCGGCAACCUUCUCGGCUACGUUUUCAUGAUGGAGCUCGACUUCCUCAAAGGCCGCGAUAAGCUCGACGCACCCGUACACACUCUGCUUAGUGGACAGGAAGAGGCCUUG